AUGUGGGUCUUUUAUUGGAAUGCUCAAGGCUUGGCUAAAGAUGAUGCAAGGGCCAAGCUGGAAGAGCUAUAUCACUUGCAUAGUCCUGACAUAAUUUGUAUUGUAGAGGCGCAGGGUAACAUUUGGGUCUUGUGGAGAAAUUCUCUAGCCAAGCCGGAUGUUUUAUCUUCUUCAAAGCAGGCUAUCACUUUGAACUUUUCUGGUGAUUUUGUCACGGCAGUUCAUGCUUCUUGGGAUCCGGUGGCAAGGAGAAGACUUUGGCGGCAAUUGGGGCUGGGUUUUAUAUCUAUUCCUUGGUUGGUGUUGGGGGAUUUUAAUUGCGUUUUACGCUUGGAUGACAAGAAAGGUGGUAGGCCGAUAAAAGAAAUCUAUAUGAAUGAGUUUGGUAGUUGGAUUUCCGACAAUGGCUUGGUUGAAGCUGAUUAUAUUGGGAAGAAAUAUACUUGGUCUAAUUAUCGGAGUCGAAUUCAAAGAAUUGUUUCUAAACAUGAUAGAGUGAUUGUUAAUGAGGCUUGGUAUGACAAGUACACUAAUUGGAGGUGUAAAGCUUUGCCUCGGGUGUGUUCAGAUCAUUCCCCUCUUUUUGGGUUUGUGUUUGAAAACCCACGGCCAAGUCGAGUGCCUUUCAGAAUUCAAAAGAUGUGGCUUUCACAUCCUUCUUUUAUGCAAUUGGUGGAAGAUAAUUGGAGGUUACCUCUUGCGGGUGCGCCUCCUUUUGUGUUCACUUCUAAACUGAAGAGAUUGAAGGAGGCAUUGAGGAUUUGGAAUAGAACGGUUUUUGGUGAUGUUCAGUUUCGUUUAAGGCAAGAUGAAUUGAGACUUGAGGUUGAGAAUGAUCUGUUGGAUUAUGACCACAGAAACGAGUUGCAGUUUGUGAAAGUUGCGGAUGCUAAAAAUGUUGUUGAUGAUGUGCAUACGGAGUUGGCAGUUAUGCUUAAAUUGAAGUCGAGAGUUACUUGGUUGGAAGAUGGCGAUCAAAAUACUCGAUUUUUUCACAAUAACAUUCGCAUGAGGAGGAGUCAAAAUACUAUCUCUGAAUUGAAGAUUUCUACUAAUUCUACUUUGUUUUUGCAGGAUGAGAUCAAAGAUUACAUAGUUAAUCAUUAUCAAGCAAAAUUCAAUGGUGGUGAAGUUGAAAUUGAUCCAAGGAUGUUUGAAAUUGAUCAUGAUAGCAUUUCAGCUGCUGAAAGCGCUUUUAUGGAUGCUAUUCCGUCUUUGGAGGAAGUUAAGGCCGCAGUUUUUGACUUAGGUGCGGAUUCGGCGCCUGGACCUGAUGGCUUUAAAGGUUCUUUCUAUAGACAUUGUUGGAAUAUUAUUUCUGGAGAUCUGUUUAAUGCCAUUGCAAACUGUUGGGCGAUGCGAAAAAUUCCCAAUGGCAUUAACUCUAGCUUUAUUGUUCUAAUUCCGAAAAAUAAUAAAUCUAAUGCUAUUAAAGAUUAUAGGCCAAUCGGUCUAAGUAAUUUUUCUUCAAAAUCAUUACAAAGAUUAUGGCUACCAGACUUGGCAUUUGAUACGGUCAGUUGGGAUUUCAUAUUUGAGGUUUUUCGGCUGUAUGGCUUUUCCGAGGCUUGGUGUAGUUGGCUUCUAAUUAUUUUAAGUUCUGAUCGGAUUUCUGUCAUGGUUAACGGCUGCCCUGAAGGUUUUUCAGCAUCUCUAGAGGACUGCGGCAAGGAUAUGCUUGGAAUGUAUCAACGUGCUUCUGGUCAAUUUGUGAGUUAUGCCAAAAGCAAAUUUUAUUAUGGUGGUGAUAGGGGCUCUCGCGCAAUUGCUAUUGCAAAUUUUAUGGGCAUGGAAAGAGCUUUGUUUCCUGAUAAAUAUUUGGGAAUUCAACUGAAGCCCGGUAUUGUUAGACACAUUCAUGUUCGUCAAGUGGUGGAGAAGAUUAUGGACAAGUUGGCUGGUUGGAAGGGUAAGCUGUUUUCUUUCCAGGCCAGGAUAGUUUUGAUUAAAUCGGUGAUUUCCAGCUAUGUUAUUCAUUCCAUGGCUGUGUAUAAGUGGCCAUGUACGGUUAUUAAGCAGGUUGAGAGGGCCAUUCGAAAUUUUAUUUGGUCUGGUGAUGCUGAAAAACGUAAAUAUUUUACGGUUUUAUAUGAUGAUCUGUGUUGUUCAAAGCGUGAAGGUGGUCUUGGUAUUCAGAAGCUAUUGGAUGUUAAUAAGGCAAUGCUUAUGAAGUUGUGGGUUUCGAUUUGA